AUGCCGGGAGCCGGUCUUCCUCCUUUCUCUUGUCUCAUGGCCAUCAUGCUCGGCCGCCUACGUAUGAACACGGAAGAAGUUAUUGAGGAAUACGAGCGGCUAGCCGAGAGGGUCUUCCACAAGAAAAACAGGCGGCUGGACUUUAGUUUUCGAGAGAGGGCACUUGAGGAAUGCAUCAAGGAGACUAUCGAGCAGCGGGAGAAGGCCGCCCACUCCUCAGGUAUGGGCAAGCCGCACGGUACACGGAUGCUCGAUAUACACAACCACAGCGAUAAAGGCCUCACGUUUGUAGUGGCGAUGCAAAGGGGAGGCGAUGAGGAUACGCCGGUACUGUUCCGUACCUAUAGGAGCCACGAGAAGCCCAUGGAUUGCGAGAUUUGGGAGGCCGCCAGAGCCACCAGUGCCGCACCCAUGAUCUUCAAGCCCGCAAGUGUACGAAUCGACAACGAGACGAGAAGCUACAUAGACGCUGCCGUAAAGUGGAACAACCCGUCAAAGAUUGUGCUCAACGAGGCUAAAACCCACUUUGGCGGCGAUCGGAGCCUCGGCUGCCUUCUCAGCCUUGGUACCGGACUGAGGCCUCACGCUCUAGAUCCCAACGCCAAGAAGAGCCGAUGGCUUAGCUAUAAUGUUGGCGAGCUCAAGCGGAUGAUGACGGAUUUUCUCACUGACCCCGAAGAAGCCCACCUAGAACUAGCCGCCCGACUCAGCGAUUGCCCUGAUACCUACUUUCGCCUCAGCCUCCCCAUAUUGCCAGAGCUUGGGCGGGCCGAAGCCUAUUACACUUCGAGAUGCAUUCACCUGGGCUGGUUGAAGGAUACAAAACCGUCGGCCCGCUACUUUACCGGUCGUCAAGAUAUUCUUCAGCGCAUGGACGAAUUCCUUCAUGAGCGAGAUCCUGCCUCUUCGCCCCGAAGAGAGGUGUGGCUUCAUGGUAUCGGAGGCGUGGGCAAGACUCAGAUUGCUCACCGCUUCGCCGACCAGUUUGGUGACCGUAUACAGGGAAUGGCUAGCCAAAUCUACCCGGGCCAAACGGAGCCGGUAAAUCCCCAGGUUAUCAUCUCCUGGCUGCAAAACACGGACAGCAGCUGGCUGAUGGUCGUGGAUAACUACGACAGUGGAGAUAUAAACAUUAGCCGAUAUCUACCCAACUCCCAAAAGGGCAACAUCAUUUUCACGAGUCGACAGAGCUAUAUGCUUCCACGAACAGGCCAAUGCUUCAUAGAGAUACAUGUUGAAGAAAUGGCAGUGAAGGACUCGGUAGAACUGUUACGGCGGACUGCGGACCUCGGUCUCGAUGCAGAAGACACAAUACUGGAGGCGGAGAAACUCGUACAAGACCUCGGAUGCCUACCGUUAGCAAUAGACCAAGCCGGCUCAUACAUUGGUAGCUAUGGGUGUACCGUCCAAGAGUACCGAAAGACGUUGAAGAAGCGACUAAAAGAUGUUCGUUACCAAGACGCCGUCUCUGAAAAGGGCGUCUAUGCCUCAUUCGACCUCGCGUUCGACCACUUCCGCCACGAAUCCCAGCACAGCUCCACGACCAUCGGAGACUACAUCACCCCAUAA